AUGGCCGCACUAUUUCGGGAUACCGUGGUCGGGCAACUCCUGCGGCUCGUCACCGGAAGGAGGAUUCUCAAGUACCCAGAAGAACGCGACCCUUCGAUAUGGCAGCGAUAUUUGAAUGUCGAAAAGUCAUCCAACAUGGCGCUUCAUGGCACCACGUCUAGACCUGAGCAGCCAAAGAAGGAGCUGCCUAGAACCAAGGAGCAGCUGAACCCCCAGCCGACAUUGAGUAACCAACAGCCACCGUCGCGUCGUUCAUCCAUUUCCGCCUCAACCGCAAAUGACCACAACGAGAAUGGCCUCGUCAACACGCUGAGCAAUACCAGAGUGGACCCAGAGAAAGGACGAGAUGCUGAUAUUGUAGAUUGGUAUGGUCCGGACGACCCAGAGAAUCCGAUGAACUGGAGCACAGUUAAGAAGGUCUGGGUUACCUUUGAGAUCUGUCUCCUGACCUUCUCGGUCUAUAUUGGUUCAGCAAUUUAUUCAGCCGGUAUCCUGGACGUAAGUGAAGUCUUCGGCGUCAGUCGUGUCGCAUCCACACUUGGUCUCACACUAUUCGUCCUCGGUUACGGAAUCGGCCCUAUGUUCCUGUCACCACUGUCCGAGCUACCCCAGACUGGAAGGGCACCCAUCUACAUUGCCACCCUAGCACUCUUUGUCGUCCUACAAGUUCCGACGGCGCUGGCCACCAACUUUGGCAUGCUGCUCGCGUUUCGGUUUAUUACGGGCUUUGUUGGAUCGCCGCCUCUUGCGACUGGAGGCGCCACCAUUGGCGACAUUUACAGUCCAAGCAAGCGAACGUACGGUAUGGCCGUCUGGGGCAUUGGUGCCGUCUGUGGACCAGUCAUGGGACCACUGGUCGGCGGCUUCGCGGCUGAAUCCAAAGGAUGGACAUGGACGAUCUGGGAGUUGAUGUGGCUGUCUGGGUUUACACUUGUGCUCCUGGCAUUCCUUAUGCCCGAAACAUCCUCAGCCAACAUCCUGUAUCGACGCACGAUGCGUCUACGGAGACUCACGGGCAACGACAAACUCAUCUGCGAGCCUCAACUUAUGGGCGAACAGAUGACAGGCAGGGAUAUCGUCAUGAUGACGCUCGUGCGACCGUUCACGCUCUCAUUCACCGAGCCCAUGGUCUUCCUGCUGAACAUGUACAUUGCCUUGAUUUACGGCCUGCUUUAUAUUUGGUUCGAGAGUUUCCCCAUCGUCUUCACCGAGAUCUACGGGUUCAGUUUGGGCCUCGAGGGCACGGCGUUCAUGGGCAUUCUCGUCGGCGUCUUUGUGGUGUUGCCGCCCUUCAUCUGGUACCAGCGGAGAUACAUCGAGCCCAAAUUCAACGACAAGGGCGAACUGCAGCCGGAGUGGCGCCUACCGCCGUCCUUUGUCGGCGCAUUCUGCAUCCCGAUAUGUCUGUUUUGGUUUGGGUGGUCAUCGCGCCCGGACAUCCACUGGAUCAUGCCCAUCAUUGGGACAGCGUGGUUUUCGAUUGGUGCCUUUUUGCUGUUCAACUCGGUGCUCAAUUACCUCUCGGACGCGUAUCCUCAAUACGCGGCCAGUGUUUUGGCCGGCAACGACUUCUUCCGCUCCACCUUUGGCGCCGGGUUCCCUCUGUUCGCCACGGCCAUGUACAACAAACUUGGCGUCGGGUGGGCCAGUUCUACGCUGGGAUUCCUUGCGAUAGCGUUCAUUCCUAUUCCGUUCUUCUUGUUCAAGUACGGUGAACGGCUACGAAUGCGGAGCAAGUAUGCUCAGAAGGAUUAUUAG